GAUGAACUAUAUGAGUUUUCAAUAGACAUUCAGACUCUGGAUAAUGAAGAUAACUAUAAUGAUGAUCCUUUAUUUAAUUUUGAACAAAACUUGUAUGAGCAAGCUUUAAACUUAACAGAACAUCAAGACAAUCCAUAG